AUGUCUCAGUUGAAGUCUAACAAAAAAUUUAAAUGGGCUUUAGACUUUAAUCCAAAAAACAAAAGUCAGACGUCAGAAAUACCAUCGCCUCCUGGAUAUAGCCAGUCUACUGCCGUCAGUAAUGCGGAAUCUUCAAAAGAUACAGAUUCUAACCUUCUUUUGAUAAAGAAAUUGUGGGAUGUCGCUCUCGGACCAUUAAAACAGGUGCCGAUGAAUCUGUUCAUAAUGUAUAUGGCGGGGAACUCCAUAUCAAUAUUUCCAAUCAUGAUGGUCGGCAUGUUAAUUGUUAGACCGGUUAAGGCUCUGUUUUCUACUCAGGGUACAUUUAAAAUGGUAGAAGGCACUCAAGCUGCUGGACAAAAGUUUGUAUACAUAAUUGGGAAUAUAGUGAACAUAUUGUUAGCUCUAUAUAAAUGUCAAAGCAUGGGUCUAUUGCCGACACAUUCAAGCGACUGGUUAGCAUUUGAAGAACCUAUAUUGAAAGCUGAACACAUAGGCGGAGGGUUCUCAAUGUUAUAG